AUGAGGGUCGCCAAGACGCCCCUCAUAAAAGGGGCCCACCGAAUACCGGGACGGCAACGACCAUCAGCUGGUGAAGAGCCGCCGAAGCGACCUCUAACCGACCCAACUACUUUUGUGAUAUUUAUUUGUGAUGAAUCUCGGAGGGAAGUAACAUCCAAAAAUCGUUAUUCUAAGGCGCUAAGAGCAGUACAAGUGAAUACUCGUGGACAGAACCUUGUCUAUUGCACCCGAGCCAAGGGUGUGGGUCCCAUUCUGCGGAAACUAGCAGAACUAAGGAACAGGGCGGAAAAAACUUCGAGCGCGGUAUGGAUCGGUUCGAAGAAGGAGAACAAGAGGACAGAGGGGCCCCAACUGGUACAACAGGUUCAAAAUUCCUCCGAAGGGCCAUCAACUAGACAGAGUCAACCGCAACAGCAGCAAAAUCAGCAGCAGAAGCAGCAGCAUCGACAAGUGUCGCAACAAGCGGUAGUUACGCAGCCACAGCAACCACAACAACAGCAACGACCAGAACAGCCACCGGUGACGUGGUCCACCGUGGUCGGACGAUACGCGAGUUCGAGGAGAAGGGAGGAGUUUCCGGAGCUGCCUUCCGGAGCGACAGCUCCAAAGAAACCGAACGGAAUCGGGAAACCGAGACGACCGGCGGUCCUAGUAAGAGGGGAAGGAAAGAAAAUUGGAGAGCUGAACAAAAUGCUCAGAGGAGCACUCAGGGAGCUAGGAAAGCUGGUGGCUGACGUCAGGAUGAGUGCUGCCGGGGACCUCGUAGUGGAAACUGAAACCAUCUUGAGUGCACAAAGGAUCCAGGCGGCACUGGCCAGGAGUGGACGUUCUUGUGCUGAAACUAAAGAGCCGACACUACGACUGGUCGUAUCAAGAGUCGAUGCGGACAUGACGGAAGGAGACAUAAGGGAAGAAAUGGUAGGGAGCGAGCUUGAAGUGAUCGCGGUCAAGCUAAUAUCGACAAGCAGAAGCGGAGGAAGAAUGAUCUGGCUUGAUGUAAAGGAUACCAAGGCAGCGAGGGCAGUUAUGGCGAAGGCCACGAUCCGAAUCGGAUUCAUGUUAUGCCCCGUCAGGGCAUUCGUGGGCACCAACGUUUGUUUCAAAUGUCGCAAGGAAGGCCACACCCAGUUCAACUGACAGAGCAAGACGGAUCUUCGAACAUGUUGCUGGAGGUGCCACAAAGAAGGUCAUUUAGCGUCGGAAUGCAAGGAACUCGCUAAGAACACUGGAGAACCAGAGGAUUACAGACCACGCCUAGAAAACGAGGAGGAGCUGGACGUUGAAGUAAUCCAACAUGACUAGACAGUCCAAAUUGGAUGGAUGGUUGGUGCGGGCGAAGUGCCCUAGCGAACAACACAGGGAAGAACAGGAUACUGAGAG